AGCGGCGGUGGCGCAAGCGGCGCGGAGCUAGCGCCGCCUGCCCGGGUCUCCUGCUGCGUGGCUGCCUGCGUGCUCCCGACCCGGCCGUCCGAGCCAGCCCGCGGGCCGCGCGCGCUUCCGAGCGGCCGGAGGAGUCCAUGGUGCAGAACUUAGCGGCGGACUGACGGAGACCGGGCCUCCUGCGCCGGCGCGGCCGCGGGACCUCGGCCUCAGGAAAUUCCUUCACAAGGAGAGAUGAAGAAGAAAUCUGUAUAUAAUCAGAAUGUGGGUGAUCAGGAGUGUGACGACAUGGAAGGUGAAGAAAACAGCAAUACUGCCGAUGCCUCUGGCUUACUGUACAGUGAAGCGGACAGAUGUCCAAUAUGUCUCAGUUGCCUGUUAGGGAAGGAAGUUGGUUUUCCAGAAAGUUGUAAUCAUGUCUUCUGUAUGGCCUGUAUUCUUAAAUGGGCAGAGAUAUUGGCUUCUUGUCCAAUCGAUCGGAAACCUUUUCAGGCCGUGUUUGAACUCAGUGCAUUUGAAGGUUGUGCUAAGAUUCAAGUGAAAAGACGGUUGAGAGAAACAGAGGACAAGGAAAAUCAAAGGUCUUUUAAGAAGCAACUCUUUUAUCAUGAGAGUUCCAAAGGCAACAAGAGAAAAAGAAACACCAUAAGAGAAGAUCUGUUAUGUGAAAGAUCUGAUGGCUUGAAGGUGUUGUAUAGAAACAUUUCAAACAAAAUGGAUGGAAAGAAAAAUGCUACAGUAAAGACAAAUAAGGUUCAAAGAUCAAAUCAGUGUACAGAUUCGUGUAUUAGAAAUGAGAUGUCCAGUGUGUUUUCAUGUGGCAGCCACAGCUGGGGACCUCGCACCCAUAGAGCUUCCUGUACAGAAUCUAUAGAAGUCAAUGAGAUCAGUGCAUUGAUUAGACAAAAACGACAGGAACUGGAGUUGUCAUGGUUUCCUAAUACAUUACCUGGAAAUGGAAGAGUUGGCUCCGUACCCUGGAGUGUAGAGACAGCCUUCCUCUCUCUGGCUUCCUCAGGCUUGCCAAGGACGGUUUUCCCAGCAAGUACCACGUCGCUAGAGCAUUUUGGUACUUCUCAUAAGGGAUAUGCAUUAGCACAUACCCAAGGAGGAGGAGAAAAAAAGCAAACUUCAGGCACAUCAAACACCAGAGGAUCGAGACGAAAACCUGCAGCAACUGCUCCUACAAGGAGGUCCACGCGAAACACUCGAGCCGAGACAGUCAGUCAGUCCCAGAAGUCCCCAGUGUCAAACUAUUCUGAGUGUGAUGCCCCAGGGAAUAGUAAUUCCUCUGUAAGUAUUUCCCCUCCAGCUGAAUCAGAAAAGCAAACAAGACAGGCUCCAAAACGGAAGUCUGUAAGGAGAGGAAGAAAACCACCUUUAUUGAAAAAGAAACUUAGGAGAUCUGUACCUCCCGCUGAAAAAUCAUCUAGCGAUUCAGUAGAGGAAGAAACUGUGGACUCUGACACUCCACCCGUGUUGGAGAAAGAGCAACAAUCGUGUGUAGAAAGCAGUAGCAUUUGCUCUGUUCAAACCGAUGAAGAGAAUCAUCUGCAUCUUGAAAGUUGCAGUGAACAAACAGAAGAAAAUGAACAAGCCAACAAUCAUGAGAUUGAGGAGCAAACAGAAAGUUUAAAUUCUGAAUCUUGCACUCAGGACCCUCCUGGGCUUGUUGGAGAAGAUACAGGGAUAGAGGCCAAGGAGUUCUGUGCAGACCAUGAUAUUUCGCCAGAUACUUCUCUAAGAGGAAGGGAUUCAGCAGAACACCAAGAGCAGCUGUCUGGAAGCUCGGAGUCAGAGGUCCAGGCACUUGUGUGUACGGAGAGUCCUCCUGAAGGGUCUCCUACAUGUCCACCUUCCGACAUCGAACACCAACCUGUGUCCAGUCCCCUGGGUGAAGUAUCCGAUAACACCACACCAGUGGUUAGCGAUGAAAGAGCAGAGGAGAGUCUCACUGUAGAAAGUACUGACUUGAACGAUGAAAGAACAGGGGAGAGUCUCACUGUAGAAAGUACUGACUUGAACGAUUCUGCAGUAAACAUAGAAGCAUUUGUAGAGAGCCCCAAAAUGGAAUCUUGUGAGGGUGAAACUGCACAGGGACUGGACAGACACUGUGUUCCCAGCUCAGACUCUGAGUUGCCUGAGCAUAUUCAAACAGAAAAUACAGAAAUAAUUCCAGCAUGUGAACAUAUUCAAACAGAAAAUACAGAAAUAAUUCCAGCGUGUGAGCAUAUUCAAACAGAAAAUACAGAAAUAAUUCCAGUGUGUGGUACUUUAGAAAAUGAAAAUUCUGAUGCUGUUCAAGAUUGUGAAGAUAACUUAUUAAAACAUAAUCUUGACAACUCCCAAUCAGAUAAAUUCCUAGAAGAAACGACAGAGUCUCUGGUUGAACAUCCCAUCCAUGCAGAGUUACCUCACAAAGAGGUUGACCAGAGUGAGAAACAUUUCAGUGAAGAUAAUAAUGAAUCAGUACCUAUGGAGUGCGAUUCCUUCUGUAGUGACCAGAAUGAGUCUGAAGUAGAGUCAUCCGCAAAUACUGACUCUAAACAAUUGAGUGAAAAUUCUGUGCCACACAGUUCUGAGGACAAGCUGUCUUCUGAUCCUGCAGUUGAGAAGGUUGAAACUGUAGCACAACCAGCUGAAAGCUUAGUGGAUAAAGCCCCAAAGCCUCGUACUCGAAGAUCUAGAUUCCAUUCUCCAUCUACAACGUGGUCUCCUAAUAAAGAUGCUGCACAAGAAAAGAGGCGCGCUCAGUCUCCAUCUCCAAAAAGAGAGACUGUAGUAGAAAGUCAGAGUUCUCAGUCACCGUCACCCAAGAGAGAGUCUGCCAGAGGACGGAGGAAAUCGCGUUCUCUCUCACCGAAAAAAGAUGUAGCAAGAGAAAGGAGGCAGUCUCGCUCUCCAAAGAGAGAGAAUGCUAGGGAAGCUAAAAGAUCUGAGUCAGGGUCCCCAAGAAGAGAUACUUCUAGAGAGAACCAGAGGUCUCAGUCCCGAGUGAAAGAUUCUUCCUCAAGAGAAAAGUCGAGGUCCCGGAGCAGAGAGAGAGAAAGCGAUAGAGAAGCUCAGAGGAGAGAGCGAGACAGAGAGAGGAGAGCUAGAAGAUGGUCCCGGUCCAGAUCCCGCUCUCGAUCGCCAUCAAGAUUAAGAACAAAAAGUAAGAGUUCAUCGUUUGGUAGAAAUGAGAGAGAUAAUUACUCUCCUCGGUGGAAGGAAAGAUGGACAAAUGAUGGUUGGAGGUGUCCCAGAGGAAAUGACCGGUACCGGAGGAAUGAUUCAGAGAAACAAAAUGAAAAUACAAGAAAUGAAAAGAAUGACAUCACUGCAGAUAGUAAUGAUCCAAGUUCCACAGAUAAGCAUAGAAGUGACUGUCCCAGUUGGGUAACAGAGAAAAUAAACUCUGGGCCAGAUCCAAGGACCAGAAAUCCAGAAAAGUUAAAAGAUUCCCACUGGGAAGAAAACAGAAAUGAAAAUUCAGGGAAUUCUUGGACUAAAAACUUUGGCCCAGGCUGGAUGUCCAGCCGUGGUCGAGGCGGCCGUGGGAAAGGUGCUUACAGAGGUAAUUUUGCCUGUAAUGACCAGAGCGAGAACAGGUGGCAAAGCCGUACACCCCUCUCAGGGAGCGACUCUUUCAAGUCUGCGGAGCAGCAGCCCUCUAAGCGCAAAAGUGAGCAGGAGCUGUCCUUUGGCACAGCGGCAGACAGAUCAGGGUGGACGUCUGCAUCUAGCUGGGCAGUAAGAAAGACUCUGCCCGCAGAUGUGCAGAGCUAUUACUCGCGGCGCGGCAGGAACUCUUCAGGCCCGCAGUCUGGGUGGAUGAGACAGGAGGAGGAGACACCUGAGCAGGAUUCUAACUUAAAAGACCAAACAAACCAAGUCGAUGGUUCUCAGCUGCCUGUGAACAUGAUGCAGCCACACAUGAGUGUGAUGCAGCCUCCAGUGAACGCCCCGCACCCGCCUGUGGGCGUCUUCCCAUACCCAGUGGGGCUGCCCGCCCCGAUGAUGAAUAUGCAGCGGAACCCUUUCACCAUGCACCCUCCGAUGCCCCUGCAUCUCCACACAGGAGUUCCUCUCAUGCAGGUAGCUGCCCCUGCAAGUAUACCUCAGGGACCGCCGCCACCACCCCCUCCGCCACCAUCCCAGCAGGUCAGCUACGUCGCCUCACAACCAGAUGGGAAACAAGUGCAGGGCCUUUCAAGUGCUUCUCAUGUAAGUAAUAACAUGAAUACACAAGUGUUGCCUGCUCCAUCAGCAGCCCCAGCAAACACGGGAUCAGUUCAGGGACCAAGUUCUGGUAAUACUUCGUCAUCAAGUCACGUCCAAGCCUCUAACGCUGCUGUAAAAUUGGCAGAAAGCAAAGUAAGUGUUAGAGUGGAAGCCAGCGCAGAUAGCUCGAGGACAGACAAGAAAUUGCAAAUUCAAGAGAAAGCAGCACAGGAGGUGAAACUGGCUAUUAAGCCGUUUUAUCAGAAUAAAGACAUCACUAAGGAAGAGUACAAAGAGAUCGUGCGGAAGGCAGUGGACAAAGUUUGUCAUAGUAAGAGUGGAGAAGUAAACUCUACCAAAGUGGCCAAUCUGGUUAAGGCGUACGUAGACAAGUACAGAUACUCGCGGAAGAAAGCUCUGGAAGAACCGGGGUCUACAGAAAAAACCUAGGCUGACCGGGAGCACUGCCCAGGACACUGUGGAGAUGUUUGGAGACUGCACUGCAGCGUGCGCCCUUACUGAAUCACACACAACUGUGAUGGAAAUCUGGUUUUGAUAAAAUUAUUUUUUUUAUUGUAGGAUAUGUUUUGUUCAAAAUAUAGCUGUGCACUGCAACUUCUAUAUCUAACCCUAAACUCCAAUAAAACAAAUUCCAGGGAAAACCAAGGGUGUAAUGGGAUGUGCGUGUUUAUCAGGAGUGUGCUCUCACGUGGAUGCUGAAUGAUGGAGGACAGCGGACUGCAUAAGCCAGAAACCUGUACGGGUGCUGGCUGUGGAAGACGUGUCUGUCUCUAUCUAUGUACAAUAGUUUAUUCUGUCAGGCUGAAAAAGUAUGGUCUUUAGGACCUUGCCCCUCUAACUAUAGAAACUUAAACAGUGUACUGCUAUUAGAUAUAUCUGAUAUUAAUAGAACAUGCCAAGUGCAGGUCCCAAAUGCGUAUUUGUGAAGCACACAUCUGAGUAAAUGGCUUAGAUGGAAAGCAAGUCAUCAUGAGUAAAAAUUAGCCUCAAACCUGCCGGUGCUCCUCACCUCUUUGUCACCAGGUAAAGGUCACACUGUGUGUUGCUUUUGUUGUCUUCUCUCCUAACCUAGGAAAAAAUAAAUUAGUGGUUUAAUUUGCUACAUUACAACUUUGCCAUUUCAAGGCUUUGUUGAAUUUAGAAGACUAACUUGGGGGAAAAAAACCAAAACUAUGUUCUUUCAUUAUACCUUCUAUUUAUCAGUGGUAGUAAAUUAUUUGUGCCAACUGGAAACAUGCUACUUGGUGGUGACCUUCCUUUCUGGGGGACUAGCAUAGAUUACAUGACCUGCUUUGGCAGCUCCGGGUUGCUUUUCUUCUGUCAUGGUGUCAGUGAAAUUCUUCUCACACUUCAGAAGUUCCCUAAUGGGGCUGGCGAGAUGGCUCGCCAGGUAAGAGCACUAACUGCGCUUCCAAAGGUACUCAGUUCAAAUCCCAGCAACCACAUGGUGGCUCACACCCAACCGUAAUGAGAUCUGACGCCCUCUUCUGGUGCGUCUGAAGUCAGCUACAGUGUACUUAUUUAUAAUAAUAAAUAAAGAAGUUCCCUAAUGGUUACAGUGAAUAAAGUGUUAAUUUGUUGAUUGGUAGCUCUGCUGCAUAAUUCUAGAUACAAUAACUAUGUCUGACAGAAGGAAGGAAAAUUAAAUAAUGCUAUUUUUGCAUAGGUAUCAGGGACUAGAGUUUGUUGUUGCUGUUGUUUUUAAAGCACCAAGAUGUUAAUAUGUUGAUGUUGAUGCAGAGUGGGUUCCCAGUGCUUGUGACACUGCUGCUUUCAUUGACAUCUAGAAAGGAGACUGAUAAACUUGGACUGCAGUUACAGUUUUCCCGUUGGUAUCAAAUAGCUGAGAAGAUGUUCCCAUAAUACGGGGAUAGAGCAGGAUAAACACUCAGUGAGGCCUACCCAUUCACUGACAAGCACAGUGGUCUCUGUGAGACUGUACUUUCUAGAGUGCAGGCAACCUCGUUCUCAGUUCUGCAUAAUGCAUUCCAGCCAGCUUUGAAAGGAAGGCGAAUUUUGUGAUUUUUAACCCAUAGUGAUUGCACUAGGUAAAUAAUAGGCUUUGUUAGGUUAUGCUUAUAGUCCUUAAGCAUUUCCAAAAAGUUUUUGAUCUUCUUUUCUACAUUUCUGUCAUUUAUGAUGCAAUAUUUUACAUUUUUAAUUAAAGUCUGUGUGAACUUAUGAUGGCAGAUGUGUGGAAGACAGUUGUAUACAUCCGCGGCUCACCUUGUUCCUUUCAGUUCAGGUUCAGUGGUGCACACUUCUGGUCCUGCUUUGACAUUUGUGUGUCAGAUGCUGUCUGUCCUCUUCUUCUGCAGCAGUGCUCUGCCUGCAUUGUUCUACUGACCCCUGGGAGUAAAUGGCAGUUUAAGUUGUGUUUUAUACUGUUUAGCUCUUGCAAAGCAAGUUUUAAAGUUUAGGGGAAAGUAGGCGUUGUGUGAACUGUUAAGGCCCCGUGCUCUGGCAGAGCUCCACUCUUGCUGAAGUUCUCUGUUCUGUAUCUGGUAGGGCACCGGGUCGAGUGCUUCAGAAUCCUCAUUUCUAAUAUAUUCUACUAUUAGAAUAUACUCUGGAUUAGAAAUACAUUAGAAAUGUAUUCUUACUGAGUUAGAAAACGCAUACUUUGUGUUAAAAAAUACCAUUGCUUUUACAUUCUUGGUUUCUCAUUUUUUUUCUUAGAAAUCCACAUUCGUUUUGCACGUAUAUAAACUUAACACAGUUUGGGAGUUGCAGGUUCCUCUUGAUCAUGACUCAGUAUCAACUUGACCUUUGGCACCAUGGGCCCUUUAACUUGGUAGUCACGUUGACCCAUGUUUCAGGUUGUAGAAAUGCCCAGUAGUACUUACUCAUUAUUUUAACAUUCCAGAGGCUUUGCAGUUGUUUGUUGCUGUUUUGGUGAUGACCACUACAUCUUCGCCAUUCUCUUCCUUCAAAUGGCCAUGGUGUGUUUGCUGACCGUCCCUGCCCACGCCCCACCCCCAGACAUGUGGCCUCAAGCGUGGUGGCUGCCCUGAGUUUGAGACAUGGUAGUAUAAGUUGCAGUGCUGUCUGCUGAAACAACACUCUAAAACCAGGUUGUGGUCUGUAAUAUAUCCUAAUAAAUUUUUUUGCUAAAAAGUAGUGUCUUUAAAAUUUUAUUAAGUUUUCUGGGAAAUGGUGACUUUUAUAUCAGUUUACACCAUUUCCAGUGUGUUUAAGUAUUUCUUGGAUUUUUACCAAAGUAAUGAGCAUCAUGACAACAUUAAUAUCUAGGCAAUAAAAAAGGUCAGAGUUAGCUAUAAACAUAUAUUUUAAUAGUAGUUUUCCUAAUUAUAUAAUCACUGUAGCGAAUUUAAAACAUUGAGUAAUUUCUAAAGAUGGAAGAGACUGGGAAGCAAAAUAAAAAAAUUAUCUGUAAUUCUACCAAAGUUAACUUCUUCCAAGCUUGGCUUCAAUGCACAUUAUAUGUUAUGACCUAUUCUCUUCAAUUAAUGUAUUGAGAAUAUUCCAUUUUAAUAAAAAUUAAUUUGACAGCA